CAGUCAGCAAAAUGUUAGCAGAUUGGCAUUAGAUCUGUCAGAAACCCACACCAAAACCAUAGCCAUCUGUGGCUGCAUUUUACUUUCGUUUUGACAACGGAGUCUGUAAAAGAUACGAUGUCAACAGAUUAUCGGCAGAAAUCUAGCAGAUUUUGUUCUAUUCGAAUACAUCAGUUCCUGUUGCAGUCUUUCUGCCUUCAAAAUUUGUAGUGGGCAUUUCACAAAAUCUAUUCCGACAGACUUGGCUAUCUGGGUUGGUGUCAGAUUCAUCAGAGAUCCACAUCAAAACCACAGCUGUCCACAUUUGGCUUUCGUCUUGGCAACAGAGGUUGCAGAGGUCAAGCUGCAGCUACAAACGCUUCGAAGUGUUUCCUUUUCUCUAUCUCCGCUGCAAGAAGAGCACUUGGAAACAUUUGAAGCAACAACUUGAUCGCAGCCGGAGUCUGUAAAACGUACACCGAGCAGGCCCAGUUAUGCGCCAUAACCUUUUAGGCGAGUCGUUGAUGGUACCAAGACUACCAAGCUGAGCGACUGUUUCAUAAUUUAUUGCCAUUACCGGACACGUGUUGUUGACAUGAUAUGAACUAGCGAGCAUUUGUCUUCGAAUGCAAAAUGCGAUUUAGUCUCCCACAAAAUUUCAAGCAAUUCUGUAGAUCACGGCACUUCUGGCUACACACAUUGCCGACAGAAGCGCCGGAGAAAAAUGUGAUCGGCGCACGACAAGUUUUGCCGGAGCCGGAGUACAAUACCGACUUUUUGUGCGAUCCCGCAAACCGCGACGUUAUCUUCAACAAUAUCAAGAGAAGAAAGGGUGUCGGGGAUAUCGAUAAAGUCCUCGAGUAUUCUGGAAAUCCCGAAAAGCGGGAGUCGCUCCUGCGGGAAUUAAGCAAGAUACCAAACUGUACGCAUCCCGCGGUGACGGAGUACGACAAACCGAGGUUGCUGAAGGAGUGCGGCAGGAAGCCGGAAUUUGACUUCGAGCCGCAAGAGUUUGCCGAACUGGUUGCUAAUUUGAAAGGGAUAAGAACGCACUUGCUGGGCCCUGUUGCCGGACAAAGGAGCUACAUGCUGCUAGGAGACCUGGCAGAAUUGGAGGAGGCGUUGAUUCAGUAUACGCUUCAAAGAUUACUGAAGCACGGAUUCAAGUUGUUGUCGGUACCCGACAUCAUCCCCACUAAAGUUAUCGAGAGGUGUGGCUUGAUAGUAGACGACGGUCGUACCUUGGUAUACAAAUUGGACUCUCAUUACGGCGACGACUACAGCUUGUCUGGAACCGCGGAGAUGUCGUUGGCCAGCAAACUGAUGAACGCUACGUUUUCCUAUGACACGCUACCGAUGAGGCUGGCUGCUGUCAGUCGAUGCUACCGUGCGGAGGGCUCGGGCGCUCUGGACGAGAGAGGAAUCUAUAGAGUUCAUCAGUUCACGAAGGUGGAAAUGUUUGUUUGUUCGGAGCCAAACCAAUCCGAGGAGGCGUUCCAAGAUCUUCAAAGCAUACAGGAGCAACUUUUCUCCUCGUUGGGACUGCACUUUCACAUAAUGGAUAUGCCACCACUUGACUUGGGUUCACCUGCUUAUAGAAAAUGCGACAUGGAAGGCUGGAUGCCUGGAAGAAAGUUGUAUGGCGAGUUGUCCAGUUGUAGUAACUGCACGGAUUAUCAGUCAAGGCGCCUCAAUAUUAGAUACAAGACAAAAGACGGGAAUACGAAACACGUGCACACGCUAAAUGGAACUGCGUGCGCGAUACCUCGCAUGUUGAUCGCAUUAUGCGAAACGUACCAGACGAGGCAUCACCGUAUUACCGUUCCGGACAAGCUGGUGCCUCUUAUGAGGGGUAAAACGCUCAUUAGAAAACAACCGAUCGCGGAUCUGAGAAAUUACAAGUAUAAACAAAAGUUAAAUGUAAAACAGAAAACUGAAUAAAGUAUAAACAUGAGAUAGUAUUGUGCAUAAAUGAGCAAUGUAGUUGUAGAUUGAACAAAUUUCCCUUUUAAAGUCCAAAAUAGACUUGUCUUGC